AUGACGCGACCCAAGGUCCCACCAGACCAACGACAGCGUACAGCACAGGCGUGCGAAAGUUGCAAGAGAAGAAAACAAAAGUGCAACGGCUUAUGCCCAUGCAACACGUGUGAUAAGCGCAAAUUCACAUGUAUAUAUGCGGAUCGGGAUCCUAAUUCCCCGAAUGAGGAUGGACCACCCACAAAGAGACGCACAAUUGAGAACAGCAACGAGAAUGACAAUCCGUCCCUGAAUGAAAACUCGGGUACGGACACAUCCAACAAUGAGCAUACGCAGGCAAACCCGCUGUUGUCGCAUAACCGAACGUCUUCCGGUACUCGUCCAAAUCACUUGGCACGCACACUCAGUGUAAAGCAAGAAACACCAUUCAAGUCGCCAGGCCCCAGACCGAGCAUUGAGCACACAGGUGUUCCAAUUGAUCGCCUAUCUAGCAACCUUGAGAAUGCACGCGAAAGACCUAAUUCCACGAAUGUUACUACACCUCACGAUGGUGCGGAUGAUGUGGCGGAGUUCCCUAGCCAGAGCCGUAUGCUACAAGAUCCAACCGGUCGAGUGAUAUAUAUAGGCGAUGCAGCCACCUUGUCCUUUCUCCAGCUCCUCCGGAUGAUGGUCGAAACGGUAGCCGGUCCAUCACCGUUCACAACUGACCCUCGACGACACAAGAUAGUCGAAGGCCAAUACUCGCUCCCAUUGGGUUAUCGACACACAAGUCUCCUUCCAGACGAGCAAACGGCUCGCCUGCUCGUAGAUGCCUUUUUUGUCAAUACUCAUGGCUUGUUGCAGGUAUUCCAUCGUGACUACUUUCUCGAGAAAUUAGACCAUUGCUAUUCCGAUCCACUAUCUGUGGACACCUCCUGGUUAUGCCUACUCAAUCUAGUCUUUGCUAUUGGACUGACAAUGGCUACACCACUUUCAGGAAGUCCUGAAGCUCUGAUUAUCGACAAGCUUCGAAGCGAGCACCUCGAUAGAGCCGAAGCGUUCUACCUCAAUGCUAAGAACAUGAAUGAUCCAAUGACUGGGCUGGAAGACCAGGACUUUUGGUCUGUCCAAGCGCUACUCCUCAUGUCCUAUUACAUGUUGGCCAAGACCAAGCGAAACACUGCUUUUGCAUUGCUUGGCAUGGCAGUACGAUCUGCGCUUGCGCUCGGUCUGCACAGAGAAGAGACUAUGGUCAUCUUCAGUCCCGAAGAGCAAACUCAGCGGAAAGACCUUUGGCGGUCGAUCUUUGUCAUGGAUCGAUUGCUGUCCUGCUCUCUGGGUCGCCCAACCGCUAUAUCGGAGGAUGACUGCUCAGGAGACACCCUGCGGCCGCCAGACUGUGUUCGCGACCAGAACUGGAGCUUCAGUGCAAAGACUGUAUACGAUUUCAACGAGACUGGUCCUCAAGCUUUAGAGGCCACCGUCCGGAGCUGUAGAGUGAUUGGCGUCAUCUUACGGAAGGUUUACCAGCAACGCAAGAUUAGCACACGCCUUGCACAGGAGAUAUCAGACAUAUGCAAGACUUGGCCGCGACUGCUGACACCCAUCUUGCAAUGGCGACAAGCGGCGACUGCUUCGCCCAGUCAAGGCGUGGCUAUCUUGCAUACCAACUUAUUUUACUGUCAUUCCAUCAUCCUCCUGACCCGACCCUUCUUACUAUAUAUACUCAACAAGGAGACUCAAAGACACGUCGAACAGUCUAGUUCAAGAGGGCCAAGACCCUUUCAUCGUAUGGAGAGGUUCAGCGAAGCGUGUGUCAUUGCCUCUGUACACACCAUUUUGCUAGUACAAAACGCUUACGAAGCUGGUUACCUAUCCCGGCGCAACCCAGCUGUCAUCUAUUUCCUUUUCGCAGCCACACUCGUGAUCCUCGCGAGCGAUUUUGCCGGUCUUUACCAAAUCGAGUUGACGGACAAUUGCGUGGUUAAUGCUAUAAACGUCAUGAACUACUGUGCUGAGAGCGAUCAGCAGGCCAGCCGUCUUGUUUAUAUCCUCAGUACCUUUCGAGACGUCGUCGCACAGCAGCGACUACGUAGGCGACAGGAUCAGACAAGCAAUUCGACGUUGCCCAGCAUUGCAUCACAACUCUACGGGGUGCAGAUGCCGCAGCAACAACGGAACGCCGCCCCCCAGACGACGGACAUGGUGCAUACGACGAACCCAGUGGAGGCAACACCACGGCUCCAUCAAGUCCCAGUACACAUCUACCCUGGGAUGCAAACAGCGCCGCUCAACGAACCGAUACUCACGUACCAAGUAUCUGAGCAACAUCAUCAUCUUGACCAAGAUCAACAUCAAACCAACGUCCAGCAUACACCCGCUGCCGCAGGAGAAGAUUUUAGGGUUCAUCUAUCACCAAUCCAGGAACCACCACCAAUGGAUAUGGCCACACCUCCCUUCACAUCUACUUCGAAGCCACCUUCGCUAUCAGCAAUGCUUGAUCUCUCUGCUCUGGAAGCAACACGCGUCCCAAGUUUGAAUUCCGAAGAGAGUGGGCAGGAUGAGCAGAUUGACUUCGAUGCGCUGUGGGCUUGGCCUAGUAAUACGCCUGCAAUGGGAAGUCCAAGGGCUAUGGAGGCAAGUGGAGUGAGUGAGCGCGUACAGGGUAUUAGUGAUAGUGCUGUACCCAUGUUUGGAGUUAGCAGAGAGGGGACCGAUGGCAUUUAG